AUAGGCCAGGGCAAAUAAUCCGGACCCGAUAACCCGAACCGAACCCGGUCCGAUUAAGCCGGUUCGGGUCGGGUUCGGAUCUUGUUAAAAAACCGAAUGGGUCUGUUUUUUUGGUAUAAUGGGUUUUGGGUCGGGUCGGGUUUAAACCGAGAACCCGAAUGGUUAUAACCGAGACCCGAUCUUAUCUAACCUUGUUUCACUCAUCCCUCGAUAUUUUAUUUCCCUAUUCGGAUAAAGAGAGAUUCUUUGCGUGAUCUCAACAAUUCAAUCCGUGAAAUCUCUCAAUCCCUAAAUAUUUUCACCCAAAUCGUUUCCUUAAUCCGAUUAGCUGCAUAUUCUCUUUGAUUCUCUUUUGAUUUCGAAUUUGAAGACCUAAUUUGUAGCUCUUAUAAAUGUCUCUUCAAUUUCUUAAACUCGACAACGCAAUCUCCCUACUAUCAUCUUCUCCUUCGUCAGAUAAUUCAAGCAGCAGCCAGAGAUGGUUUCAUCAUCCUCUAAAAGUGCUCAGAAAGGUGGAGAUGGCAAAGAGCGUGAGUGUGAAGAUGAAGUAUGUCAAACUCCUGAGUUCUGUGGGAAAAGGAAGCAAACAGAUACACCUUGUGGAGAAAGUUCUCAGCCAAAUAAGAUGAAAAAGAUUGUUGUGCCAAGGUCUGGUGUAUGGAAGCACUACACCAGAACAAAGGAGAGCCGUGACAAGUGCCUUUGUCACUACUGCCAGAAGGUCUUCUCAUGUGCAACAAAAUCAGGAACUUCCAACCUCCAGAAGCAUCUGCAAAUCUGCAGAGAGUACCAGUCCUACUUGAUCAGUAAAGGAAAAGAUCAAACUGUCAUCAGUGACGUAGGCAGUGUGAAGACAUCAAACGUGCCUGAGCCGCUUUUCAGAGAAGCCACAAAUGAGCUACUCGUGUUAGCUGAAUUGCCUCUUUCUUUCAUAGAAAGUACAGGCUGGAAACACUUCUGCAAUAAGGUUAAUUUUUACAAACCCCACUCAAGAAGAACUGCUACUAGGGACAUUGUGGAGAUGUUUGUGAAGAAGAAAGAGGCCCUGAAAAGAUGGUUGUACACCAAUCAGCAGAGAGUUUCUCUUACCACUGAUAUUUGGGUAUCUCAAGUAACAGGUGCAAGUUACAUGGUUGUAACUGCACAUUUUGUUGACCCAACUUGGCAGCUGAAGAAACUCAUUCUAGGAUUCAAAUUCGUUAUGGAUCAUAAAGGUCAGACCAUUUCUAAUGUUCUUCUAGAGUGUCUAGCUGAUUGGGGAAUUCAGAAAUUGUUUUCUAGCUGAUUGGGGAAUUCAAACCGAAACCCGGUUUAGAACCGAACCCGAAAACUAAAUGGGUUCAACCGGGUUUAGGAUGUUUUACUAAAUCCGAACCGAACCCGACAAAACCCGAACCGAGACCGACCCGAACUUUUAUAAUACCCGAAUGGGGCUGAUUUUUGUAAACCCGAAAACCCGAAACCCGAUUAGAACCGAACCGAACCCGAAUGGUCACCCGAUUGCCCAGGCCUAGGUGUGUACAUUGAUAAUAUACUGCACGAACCCGGAGCUACUAUAACUCUAUUGGUAAAACCUUCUGCUCUAAGGGUGAAUAUGUUAGGUACGAAUCUCAGUCUCUACGAGAAAGAGAUUUAGUAAUCGGUUUUUGUCUCUGGUAUAAAAAGAUUAUGGGAUUCGGUCCUAAACUUCUUAAAUGGAAAUAAAAAAACUGCACGAAAUGUAAGUUCGAGAAAAUUAUAGUGAUCUUUCAUAUGUAAAUACACAGCAAUUCCUCCUUGCAGAGAGUAAAUUUUUGCCUUUACAAAUAUUAUAUACCAUAAAGUAUCGGUGGCAAUCAAGUGGUGGUAGUCUAGUGGUGGUAGUCUAGUGAUAAUCUCUUGAGACUUGGUGUAUAUCAACAUUAGUUAUGGAUUCAAUUUUCUAUGGGAACUAAAUUAUCAUUAUUUGGUCAAUCUUGACUUGGGCCCAAGUGAUUUACAUGGUGGAUCGCAAUAGAUGAUCGGUUUAUCUUCUAGCAUUAGUCGGAAAGUAUUCUAAACUCGGUUCAAGCAGUAAGCAGUGUGGUAGCCAAUUCACUCUGUAGCAUUAAGUGCGUUCCUCCUGAAACCGACCGGAUCGGCCGAUAGGGUUUAUCAAAAAAAAUAUCGAUGGCAGAGGUAGGGUUCUUUUUAUUUAGGAACCAUAGAGUGUUACAGAUGAGAAAUUCAUUUAGGUUAAUUAUAGCUCUACUGGUUAUUAGAAGUAAAUUUUUCUUGAAAGUUGUGAUGCAAGAGGAGGGGAGUAAACUGGUAAAUUUGAGUUUUCUUCACAUAAUGGGGUAAUCAAUCCAAGAAAAUCACGGCGUGAUUCAUUACGUUAUAUUCAUUCAUACAUGGGGAAAAGUCAGGUGAUCCUUCCUCUCUACGUGAAAAUGUCUUUGCAUUGACUGAAAGGUUUCAUUUGAUAUGUAUAUUAUUUUGGGGUUAAUUUUUUAAAAUAUAUUAGCUAGUGUCAUAGAAAGAAACAAAAUAUUAGAUUCUUACUUAUUAAAAUAUAGUUUUGAUGAUGAUGUAAUCAGAUCCCUAACUAUGCUUAGAAAUAUUGUAACAGCAGAAUAACAGUUGUACUUAUUAUAGUUAAAAAGUCACAAUGCGUUUUCCUCACUAAAACUAAUACAAAAUUGGGAAAAUACAGAGGAUACGUGCAAUAAAUAAUAUUUUGUUUUCGAUAAUAUAAUUUGUAUGUUUGUAACAAAAAAAUACUCAAGAUGACAAAAAGAACCAUAUAUAAGUUUUUUGAUUAACACUUUUAGAAAGAGUGAUCACAUAAUAUUUAGAGAACGUUAUAUUUGUUCCUUAGCUAGUGUUAAUUCAUGAUGACGUACAUGUUUUGUGACAAAAAACGUGUUUCUACUUUUAGCGGUUCUGCGUUUAUGGUCUUUUCCGCAAGGAAAUUUGAAAUUUCUAUUAAGACAACUUAUUACUAGAAAAAUUGGGUCAUAUAUACAUGGCCGGCUCUUUGGGGCAGACAAACAGUGCGACUACCCCGGACUCAAGCACAUAUCCUUUCGUAUACUAAUAAUUAAGAGGUUCAAUUUUUUUUUUUAUAAAUCUAUAUUUUAUAUAGAAAAAAAUUAUAAAUAUAAUAAAUAAAAUU